GCCAGUAUAAUUGGUUAUUAAAUACGAGUGGACGGGUUUCAACUGGAUAUAUUCUGUGAAGAAGUUUCAGUGUUCUUUCCUUACAUUUCAUUCGCCUCUCAUCUCUCGGCCGUUAGAUGGCGCUGUGCUCGCGCGCCUAGUUGCCACGUCACCUGCCAACCUGUCAGUGCAUAAAUAGUAAAGAUGGCGGCUUCCAUCCGGGAAAAACAGACAGCUGCCUUGAAGCGAAUGCUAAACUUUAAUGCACCACCUCUAAAAAACACAGCAGCUGAACCAGUAUGGAAGGUACUUAUUUAUGAUCGCUUUGGUCAAGAUAUCAUCUCUCCCCUUCUCUCUGUGAAAGAGUUAAGAGACAUGGGAAUCACUCUCCACUUAUUAUUACACUCAGACAGAGAUCCAAUUCCAGAUGUUCCUGCCAUUUACUUUGUGAUGCCCACAGAGGAGAACAUAGACAGGAUAUGUCAAGACCUGCGGAACCAACUCUAUGAGUCAUACUACCUGAACUUUAUCUCUGCGAUCUCCAGAAGCAAACUGGAAGACAUAGCAAGUGCAGCUCUUGCAGCAAAUGCUGUGAAUCAGGUGACCAAAGUGUUUGAUCAGUAUUUGAACUUCAUAACACUAGAAGAUGACAUGUUUGUCCUCUGCAAUCAAAAUAAAGAACAGAUCUCCUAUCAUGCAAUCAACAAGCCAGAUAUUAUGGACACUGAUAUGGAGGCUAUAAUGGACACCAUUGUUGACAGUCUCUUCUGCUUCUUUGUCACUCUUGGUGCUGUUCCAAUAAUCAGAUGUCCAAGAGGAAACGCAGCUGAAAUGGUAGCUGUGAAACUUGACAAGAAACUGCGAGAGAAUUUGCGAGAUGCACGGAACAGCCUGUUUACUGGCGAUACCAUGGGCACAGGCCAGUUUAGUUUCCAGAGGCCAUUAUUUGUUCUUGCCGACCGCAACCUGGAUCUUGCCACCCCACUCCAUCACACAUGGACCUACCAAGCUCUCAUUCAUGACGUCUUGGACUUCCAUCUGAACAGGGUUAGUCUGGAGGAAUCUACGGGAUCAGAAGUUAGCCCAGCAGGGGCACGGCCCAAAAAAAAGAACAAAAAGAGCUACGAUCUCACUGCUGCAGACAGGUUUUGGCAGAAGCAUAAAGGAAGCCCAUUCCCUGAGGUUGCAGAAUCUGUGCAGGAGGAGUUGGAUACAUACAGAGCCCAGGAGGAUGAGGUUAAGCAUCUCAAGAGCAUCAUGGGCUUAGAAGCGGAAGAUGAUGGAGCCAUUAGCAUGUUGUCAGAUAACACUGCUAAACUUACCUCAGCUGUCAGUUCUCUUCCUGAGCUUUUAGAGAAAAAGAGACUGAUUGACCUCCACACAAAUGUUGCUACAGCAGUUUUGGACCACAUUAAGUCUCGCAAGCUGGAUGUAUACUUUGAGUAUGAAGAAAAGCUAAUGAGCAAGUCCACCCUGGAUAAAUCCCUGCUGGACAUUAUCAGUGACCCUGAUGCUGGAACACCAGAGGAUAAGAUGAGACUUUUCCUGAUCUACUAUAUCACCUCCCAGCAGCCUCCAUCUGAGGGAGAUCUUGAGCAAUAUAAAAAGGCUUUGACUGAUGCUGGUUGUGACCUCUCCCCCUUGAACUACAUAAAGCAGUGGAAAGCUUUCACAAAGAUGGCUGCUGCACCAGCCAGUUAUGGCAACAGUGGCGUGAAACCAAUGGGCCUUUUCUCCAGAGUCAUGAACACUGGCUCACAAUUUGUUAUGGAAGGUGUGAAAAAUCUGGUCUUGAAACAACAUAAUUUGCCAGUUACGCGAAUCUUGGACAACCUGAUGGACAUGAAAUCAAAUCCGGAAACAGAUGACUACAGAUACUUUGACCCAAAAAUGCUGCGUGGCAGUGAAAGUUCCAUUCCUAGGAACAAGAACCCAUUUCAAGAGGCCAUUGUUUUUGUCGUUGGUGGGGGUAACUACAUAGAAUAUCAAAAUCUUGUCGACUACACAAGGGCCAAGCAGGGGAAAAAGGUGAUGUAUGGCUGCAGUGAGCUGUUCAGUGCAGCACAGUUCCUGAAACAGCUCUCUCAACUGGGGCAGAAGUAGGGCUAACCUUGGGAAUCCUGUUUUUCCUGCUUUCAAAUCUGGUCAUCUCCUCUCCAUUUAUACACCAUUGUCCUUCCAACAAAUUAAUUGCUAAUGUUCCAUAUACUUUAUAAUGUUUAGCAUACAGUUAUUUAAUGAAAAAAAUAAUACAACUGUCAAUAAAGUUUGAAUCUCUCACAAAAUAGACUACUUGACAAUGUGAAUUUCAUGUGCCUUGGAUCUGAUAAACAUACAACAGAUGAAGCAGAUUUGAGGUUAGUGGUACAUAGCGAUAAAUGCAUUAACUGAUUUGAUGAUAGUACCUGGAAGCAUCCCAGGCACAGUCCUUAAUAAGGUUAGAAAAUUAUGUGCAUAAGCACAUGUAAAGACUGUAUGCUCUCAUUCUAUGUCACUUGUCAAUUAAAGACCAUGUAUCUGGUGUGGUGACUCACGAGUCGGUACUGUGGAACCCCAGCAAGGUGGAGACUUCAACCUGAGAUGAGUCCAAUUUAGCAGUUUCAAUUUUCUGCCCUCAGCAUUAUUUUUAUUUAAAAUGGAUUCUCAUAAUUUCUCUAAUGUUAGAAUAUACCUUGAGUAGGUGGAGAAUGGUGUCUAUUUGGUAUUAAUGCAGACAACUAAUGUUGUUAUAUGUUCUUACUGACACAUUAUAUGUAUAAAUGUACAUGGCCUAGUACUGAAAAAUUUAACAAAUUAGAAGAUGCAUUUGAAAAUCUUGAAACAGCAGUAGACCUAAACUGUCUGUUUUGUGAAAAUUGGUGGAUUUCAUUUUUGUCCCGUUGAUAGGCUAGCUGUCUUGCUUUGGAACUGGGAUUGUGAUAUUACUUUGGACCAAACAAUGGAAGUCUCUUGAACCACACAAUUUCUUACCUCUUAACAUCUCUGAUCCUAGUCUUGCAUUUAUUGCAUUUGGGUAGUCUCAUGGAAUCCUUUACAUUUGUGAUAUUCAAGAAUGAACGCUAUUUGAUACAGACACAGGGGACCUGUAAUGUAAGCAGAUAAAAUCAGAUUUGGUCUUUUCUAUAAGCAAGAACUCUGUUUGUAAUAGUUGUUAUAACAUGAUGUACCACUACAUUUUUCAUAGAGCACAGUGGAUGAUAUAAUACUCCUCGAUAUAAUACAGGAUUUUGUCCAUGUGUACCAUAUUUUCUCCACUACAUAUAUGAAUGUAGUCAUAAGUUUCCUAUACAGUAUACACUAUAUACACUAGAUAAGCCUGCUGAUCGGGUGUCUACAAACCUUUGGCCAUAUAGUGUAUGUAUACUGUAUGUAGUGCUGAGUAGUGUAACAGAAAAGCAUUCCUCUAUACACUGAAGACAUUUUGGUUUGAAAUCAAAACAUGAAUAUGAAAUUAUAUAUCAGAAUUUCAGCUUCCAUUUCUUUAUAUUUACAUCCAGAUGUGUUAAACAACUUAGAACAUGGUACCUUUUGUUUGAACCCACCCAUUUUUCAAGUGAUCAUAAAUAUCGGAACAUGUUGCUGACCGCUGUUUCUUGCUGCCCAGGUGUGCCCUGUUAGAUUGAUUUUUUUAAACAAUUAACAGCGCUGAAUGUUUGAGCGCUGAAACUCUUGGUUUGAGCCCUAGGUUUUUCCUGUGAAGACUGCCUUUGUUGUUAAAAAGAUGAUGAAGACAAGAGAGCUGUCUAGGGGAGACAAGCAAGCCAUUUUGAAGCUGAGAAAAGAGGGGAAAUCAGUCAGAGCCAUUGCACAGGCAUUGAUCAUAACCAAUACAAUAAUUUGGAUUGUCCUGAAAAAUAUAGAAACCACUGGUGCAUUAACAACCAGACAUCAAACAUGUCAGGCAAAGAAAACAACAGCAGGUGAUGACAGAAACAUUGUAUUGAAGAAAAACCCCAAAACAACAGUCACUGACAUCACCAACAACCUCCACAGGGCAGGGGUAAAGGUAUCACAAUCCACCAUUCGAAAAAAAACUUUGAGAGCAGAAAUAUAGAGGCCAUACCAGAAGAUGCAAAUCACUCAUCAGCAGUAGGAAUCAGAAAGCCAAAUUGGAAUUUGCAAAGAAAUACAGAGAUGAGCCACAAAAGUUAUACAAGCUUAUCUGUGAAACAUAGUGUAAGCUUGAUGCAGUUAUUACAAGCAAGGGAUAUGCAACCAAAUAUUAAGUGUUAUUUACAUUAAUUUACUUCAAGACUAUUUUGCCAUCAAUUUUGACCAAAUUUCCUGUGCCACUGAGAUCCACCUCCAUGAGUUUUGGUAGGGAUGGUUUGUUUCUCUUGUUGACUCGACUCCAAACAUAAUGUUUAUGGCUGUGACCAUAAAGCUCAAUUUUUGUCUCAUCACUCCAAAUGACUUUAUUCUAUAAUUAUGAGGUUUGAGUUUCUGUAGAUGGUGUUUGGCAUAUUGCAAGCUGGCUGUUUUGUGGUAGCAGCAUAAAAAUGCCUUUUUUUCUGCCAACUCUACCAUGCAGUCCACUUUUUUUUUUCUUUUUACAAGGGUCAGUACCCACCAGGGUUUUAGACUGAUGGUAUUCAUAGUGCAUGCACUAGCAUUAGGAUGUGUUUUUAAAGAGACUACAAAGUCGGUCUGGAUGAGGGUAUCUGGUACAUGCUGUAAAUGUAUAUGUAAAUGUGAAACAUCGCAUCCCAGUGCUUUCAGUGCAGUGGUCAUAUCCGAACAUGGUCAUAUCCUAAGGUGAGUCAGUUCCGCGUGACUUUGUAAAUGGUAAAUGGUCUGCACUUAUGUAGUGCUUUUUAAUCUUGGCGGUUCUACAAUGCACUUUACACGGUUUCUUAUUCACCCAUUCACACACACACCCAUGCUGGCCUGCCAUCGGAAGCCCUGCGGUCUGGCGGUUAGUAGGAGUACAUAAAAUGUUAGGUAUGUAACUGUGGUUCAGUGUCUUACCCAAGGACACUUUGGCAUGUGGAGACAUGUGGGCUGUGAAUCGAACUGCCAACUCUAUGAUUAGUGGACAACCCGCUCUACCACCUGAGCCACAGACACCCCAUUGUGGCAUAGGUCAUACAGGUGUUAGAUACAACCUGUGGUUACUGCCUGGCGGUUAGUAGGGGUACAUAAAAUACUAGUUAGGUAUGUAACUGUGUUUUUAUGAACAAUGGAUAAAUACUGGGGUUUUCUGUCACUCAGAACCAGAGCUGAACUAGUGGGAACUCGGCAGGUUUCAUGGACAGAUGGGCGACACAGGUGGUGUUACAUAUCGAAUACUAUGUCAUAAAUUCAACUAGUGACUUUGUGGAAGAUCUAGGCACUUGUACACAUGCACACAAGUGAGUAUUAAGACACUGCCCAUGCUCUUUAUUCGGUGUUCAUAGAACCACAGUUACAUACAUUUUGCGGAAUACAACAUUGUACUAAAGUAAUCAAUGAAAGGCAGGGCUUUCACAUAUUUACAUGAUUAUUA